AUGACGGAUUCUAAGUAUUUUACAACUACAAAAAAAGGUGAAAUAUUUGAAUUGAAGUCAGAAUUGAACAAUGAUAAGAAGGAAAAGAAAAAGGAGGCAGUGAAGAAGGUCAUUGCUUCUAUGACAGUGGGCAAAGAUGUAUCUGCCCUGUUCCCAGACGUUGUGAACUGUAUGCAAACCGACAAUCUGGAACUGAAAAAACUCGUCUAUCUCUACUUGAUGAACUAUGCCAAGUCCCAGCCAGACAUGGCUAUCAUGGCAGUAAACACCUUUGUAAAGGAGUUACCUUCAUCCCAGCUCGCUAAGGAUUGUGAAGAUCCAAAUCCUUUGAUUAGAGCUCUGGCAGUGAGGACCAUGGGGUGUAUCAGAGUGGACAAAAUCACAGAAUAUUUGUGUGAGCCUUUGAGAAAAUGCUUGAAGGAUGAAGAUCCUUAUGUGAGGAAAACUGCAGCUGUUUGUGUAGCUAAGUUGUAUGACAUUUCCUCAGGUUUGGUUGAGGACCAAGGCUUCUUGGAACAACUCAAGGAGUUGUUGAGUGACUCAAAUCCUAUGGUUGUUGCAAAUGCAGUGGCAGCUUUAUCUGAAAUCAAUGAAAGUACUCCUAAUGGUCAGCCUUUAGUAGAACUGAGCACCAAUACCAUCAACAAACUGUUGACCGCUCUGAACGAGUGCACCGAAUGGGGCCAAGUUUUCAUUCUUGACUCCCUGUCGAAUUACAGCCCGCGGGACGAUCGCGAAGCGCAAAGCAUCUGCGAAAGGAUCACGCCCAGAUUGGCGCACGCCAACGCCGCUGUCGUGCUGUCAGCUGUCAAAGUACUCAUCAAGAUGAUGGAAAUAUUGGCCGGGGACACGGAAUUUUGCAAUACGAUGAGCAAGAAGCUAGCGCCCCCUCUGGUGACGUUGCUCAGUUCCGAGCCCGAGGUGCAGUACGUCGCCUUGAGGAACAUCAAUUUGAUCGUCCAGAAGAAGCCCGACAUACUCAAACACGAAAUGAAGGUAUUCUUUGUCAAAUACAAUGACCCAAUCUACGUGAAACUGGAAAAACUGGACAUUAUGAUUCGUUUAGCCUCCCAAGUCAAUAUAGCGCAAGUCCUCAGCGAACUCAAAGAAUAUGCCACAGAAGUGGACGUUGACUUUGUCAGAAAGGCCGUCAGAGCUAUCGGAAGGUGUGCUAUCAAAGUAGAACCAUCUGCUGAAAGAUGUGUUGCUACCUUACUGGACUUGAUCCAGACCAAGGUGAAUUAUGUUGUACAGGAAGCCAUUGUGGUGAUCAAAGAUAUUUUCAGAAAAUAUCCCAACAAAUAUGAGAGCAUUAUCAGUACGCUGUGUGAAAAUUUGGAUACUCUUGACGAACCUGAGGCUAGAGCCAGCAUGGUUUGGAUCAUCGGAGAAUACGCCGAAAGAAUUGACAAUGCUGAUGAACUUUUGGACAGCUUUUUGGAAGGAUUUGCUGAUGAAAACGCCCAAGUUCAGCUACAGCUGUUGACUGCUGUAGUGAAACUUUUCCUCAAGAGGCCUCAACAUACCCAAGGUUUGGUGCAGCAUGUCUUGAGUUUGGCUACUCAGGACUCGGAUAAUCCCGAUUUGAGAGAUCGUGGGUUCAUCUAUUGGAGACUAUUGAGUACUGAUCCGGCUGCAGCGAAGGAAGUAGUUCUGGCGGACAAACCAUUGAUUUCUGAGGAAACCGAUUUACUGGAACCCACUUUAUUAGAUGAAUUGAUCUGUCACAUAUCAUCGUUGGCUAGCGUUUACCACAAACCACCCACUGCUUUCGUUGAAGGAAGGAGUGCAGGAAUCAGAAAAACCCUGCCGGCGAGACAAGGAUCCGAAGAAGCCUCCGCCCCUGAGGCGACGGUCAUCCCCAACCAGGAGAGCCUCAUCGGCGACCUGCUGUCGAUGGAUCUGGGAGCCCCCGCAGCACCCGUCUCCGCUCCCAUCGUAGCUCCCACCAGCAACGUGGAUCUGUUGGGCGGAGGACUAGACAUUUUGCUGGGCGGUGCCCCCGAUAUCAACAGUGCCGCCGCGGUCGCUCCGUCCACCACCGGCCUUUUGGGCGACAUUUUCGGCCUAUCGGCCGCCCCGGCGAUGUACACACCGCCCAAGGUGUGCUGGCUGCCCGCCGACAAGGGCAAAGGGCUCGAGAUCCACGGCACGUUCUCCCGCAGGGCCGGGCAAAUUUCCAUGGACAUGACUCUCACGAACAAGGCGAUGCAGGCGAUGUCCGGCUUCGCGGUGCAAUUCAACAAGAACAGCUUCGGCAUCGCCCCGGCCAGUCCAAUGAACGUGCCCGUGCUGCAACCUGGCCAGAGCCUCGAAUAUAGCCUCACGCUCAACACGGCGGGGCCCGUGCAAAGGAUGGAGCCCCUAACCACCCUGCAGGUGGCCAUCAAGAACAACGUCGACGUAUUCUACUACGCCUGUCAAAUGCCAAUCCAGGUGCUCUUCACUGAAGACGGCACCCUCGACAAGAGGGUGUUCUUGACCACUUGGAGGGACAUUCCUUCGGCGAACGAGGUGCAAUACACCGUCAACGAUAUAAAAGGCAACACCGAUGCGGUGUCCAGCAAAAUGACCCUCAGCAACAUCUUCACCAUAGCCAAGCGCAACGUCGAAGGGCAGGACAUGCUCUACCAGUCGUUGAAGCUGACCAACAACAUUUGGGUGUUGCUGGAGCUGAAGCUGCAGCCGGGCGUGUCUACUGCCACGCUGAGCUUGAAAUCUCGGUCGGUGGAGGUGGCUCCCUACGUUUUUCAGGCUUAUGAUUCGAUUUUGAAGAAUUAG